ACAAAGUAAUAACACCACAACAUACGGCACAUUGGCAAACACACUUCACUCACUCUCUCUUCUCCUGGUUGCUAACUUACGCUCUCACUGUACACUUCUGUAGUUUGCAGCAGCAGCAAUAACAACAGCAACAGUAACAGCAAGUAGCAACAGAAGAGUCCUUCCAAGAAUCCAAAACCCUAAAAACUAUGCCCUAAAUAAACACUUUCACCACUUUGGCUUCUCAUUUUCACCCCAUCUUUACAAUGAAACCUCUUCUUCUUCUGCUUCUUCUUCACCACCAUCAUCUUUUUCUGUUUCUCUUAACAAUCACUGCUGCUACUUUUAGCUUAUCCUACGCACAGCAAAAGAACUACUCCUUGAUAGAAACAGAAGCUCUAACAUCUUUCAAACUUAACUUGCAUGAUCCAUUAGGUAUAUUAAGCGGUUGGGAUAAAUCAAUACCAGUAUGUGAUUGGAGAGGUGUGGUUUGUUAUCAGAACCGAGUUCGUGAACUUCGUUUACCUCGUUUUCAACUCACUGGUAAACUCACUGAUCAUCUUUCUAAUUUAACCGAGUUACGUAAACUCAGUCUUCGUUCUAACCGUUUUAAUGGAACCAUUCCUGUUUCACUCGCUAAAUGUACUCGUUUACGUGCUUUGUUUCUUCAGUAUAAUUCAUUCUCUGGUAAACUUCCAUCCGAGAUUUCUCAUUUAAAUGAUCUUCAAGUGCUAAACGUUGCUCAGAAUUUUUUAUUCGGUGAAAUUUCUAGCGAUCUUCCUUUGAAUCUCAGAUACCUUGAUCUUUCUUCAAAUUCAUUUUCUGGUGAAAUCCCUAAAAAUUUAUCUAAAAAUUCUAAACUGCAGUUCAUCAAUUUAUCAUUCAACAAGUUCAGUGGAGGAAUCCCUGGGAAUUUUGGUUCUCUUCAACAACUCGAAUAUCUUUGGUUAGAUUGGAAUUUGUUAGAAGGAACAUUACCUUCAGCAUUAGGAAAUUGUUCUUCAUUAAUGCAUUUGAGUGUACAGGGAAAUGCUAUUCGUGGUUUAAUUCCAUCUGGUUUUGGUGAGCUUCCAAAACUUCAAGUAUUAUCUCUUUCGCAUAACAAUUUAUCUGGUUCCAUUUCUUCGUCUUUGUUUUGUAAUGUUUCAUUUAAUCCUCCGUCUUUACGAAUCGUACAGUUAGGGUUUAAUGCAUUUACUGACAUUGUUCCACCCAAGGAGUCAAGAUUUUUUAGUGUAUUACAAGUUUUAGAUCUUCAAGAGAAUCAAAUUCAAGGUGUGUUUCCCUCUUGGUUAAUGAAUAUUUCAACAUUAACAGUUAUUGAUCUUUCAAGAAAUUCCUUCUCGGGUACUUUGCCGAUCCAAGUCGGCAAUCUGUUAAAAUUGGAAGAGUUGAGAGUAGCUAAUAAUUCAUUGACUGGAACUAUACCAUUAGAGAUUCAAAAAUGUAGCUCUCUAAGUGUAAUUGAUCUUGAAGGAAAUAAUUUCUCCGGUGGAAUUCCUGCAUUUUUAGGGGGACUAAAAAGUCUACAGAUGUUGGCUCUUGGUGCAAAUAAUUUCUCCGGUUCAAUCCCAACUAGUUUUGAAAAUCUUUCUCAGUUGCAAAUCUUGAAUCUCAGAAAGAAUGAGCUGACAGGGAAUGUACCUGAAGAAAUAUUGAGUUUGAGGAAUUUGACUAAUUUGAAUCUCAGUGGAAACAAAUUCUCGGGUGAAGUCCCAUCAAAUAUUGGAGAUUUACGGGGUGUAAUGGUUUUGAAUUUGAGUGACUGUGGUUUUUCAGGGAAGAUUCCUUCAAGUAUUGGAAAUCUGUUGAGUCUCACUACUCUUGAUUUAAGCAAGCAAAAUCUUUCAGGGGAGGUACCAUUUGAGCUUCCUGGAUUACCAAAUCUUCAAGUAAUUUCUCUUGAAGAAAAUAAUUUGAUUGGUAAUGUCCCGGAAGGUUUAAGCAGUUUAUUGAGUUUAAGGUUUCUUAAUUUGUCAUCAAAUCAGUUUACGGGUGAGAUUCCUGCAACUUAUGGGUUUCUUCGGUCAUUACUUGUUCUUUCUCUUUCAAAGAACCGUAUUUCAGGUAAAAUUCCUGAAGAGGUUGGUAAUUGUUCUGAGCUACAAGUACUUCAACUUCGUUCAAACAGUUUAAGUGAUGACAUUCCGGAUGAUCUUUCUCGUCUAUCUCAUUUGAAGGAGCUGGAUUUGGGUGAGAACAAUUUCACUGGUGAUAUUCCAGAAGGUUUAUCUGAGAUCUCUACUCUGACUUCUCUAUCAGUAGAUGAAAAUCAUCUUUCUGGAGUUAUACCGAGUUCUCUAUCCAACCUCACGAAGCUUAACGUUUUGAAUCUCUCUUCAAAUAAUUUGAGUGGGAGCAUUCCAAUAGGCCUAACCAACAUAUCUAGUUUGAAGUACUUCAAUGUUUCUAAGAAUAACCUUGAGGGUGAGAUUCCGGCCAAUCUUGGUUCUAGAUUCAAUGAUCCUUCUUUAUAUGGAAAGAAUAAAAAUUUAUGCGGUAAGCCGUUAGAGAAGGAAUGUGAGAAUGACAAAAUCGUCAACAAAAGGAAGAAGAAGCUGCUUGUGUUGGUAGUAGUUGCCAUAGCAGGAGCUUUUCUUGUUUCUUUGUGCUGUUGCUUUUACAUCUUCAGUCUCUUACGUUGGCGUAAAAAGCUUAGAGAUGCAGCAACAGGAGAGAAGAAGAAAAGUCCUGCACGUGGGAGUUCAGGAACAGAAAGUCGUGGUAGUGGAGAAAAUGGAGGUCCAAAGCUUGUCAUGUUCAAUAGCAAAAUCACCUAUGCAGAAACAGUUGAAGCAACUAGGCAAUUUGAUGAGGAAAAUGUACUAAGUAGAGGAAGAUAUGGAUUAGUUUUCAAGGCAUGUUACCUAGAUGGAACAGUUCUAUCAAUUCGGCGAUUACCAGAUGGGUCACUCAAUGAAGGACUGUUUAAAAAAGAAGCUGAGUUACUGGGCAAAGUGAAACAUAGGAAUUUGACUGUUCUCCGAGGAUAUUACGCAGGACCCCCUGAUGUUCGUCUUCUCGUGUAUGAUUACAUGCCUAAUGGGAACCUAGCUACAUUACUUCAAGAAGCAUCCCAUCAAGAUGGGCAUGUUCUAAAUUGGCCUAUGCGACAUCUGAUUGCACUUGGGGUUGCACGAGGGAUAUCAUUUCUACACUCAACAACAAUGGUUCAUGGUGAUGUUAAGCCACAAAACGUUCUUUUCGAUGCAGAUUUUGAAGCCCAUUUAUCUGAUUUCGGGCUAGAUCGCUUAACAAUUGCUACACCAGCUGAAGCUUCAUCAUCAACACCCACAGUUGGGACACUAGGAUACGUAUCACCCGAGGCCGUAUUAACAGGUGAAGCUACAAAAGAAGGAGAUGUUUACAGUUUCGGAAUAGUAUUGUUGGAACUCUUAACCGGCAGGCGACCUGUUAUGUUUACUGAAGAUGAAGACAUAGUGAAAUGGGUGAAGAAACAAUUACAGAGAGGUCAAAUAUCAGAAUUACUCGAGCCAGGUCUACUCGAGCUUGAUCCAGAAUCAUCUGAAUGGGAAGAAUUCUUAUUAGGAGUUAAAGUAGGUUUACUAUGCACAUCACCUGAUCCUCUUGAUCGGCCAUCAAUGGCUGAUAUUGUUUUCAUGCUAGAAGGUUGUCGGGUCGGACCUGAUAUUCCUUCCUCAGCUGAUCCCACUUCUCAGCCAUCCCCAGCAUAAGAGACGCGUUAGUUGCAUUGCAAUCCCUUCAUGUUGCAUAUCCCGUUGCUCCCACUUAAGGAGAAAACGCUCUUGUAACCCCAUCUGUUUCAUUUUUGAAUUCUCAAUUUAUUUUUUCUGAA